GCCUGGUGGGCGGCGGAGUUCGCGGGGCCGCCGGGCCCCCACCCCAGCAUCGCCUCCGGCCGCCGGCUCGAACUGCGGGGCGCAGCCUGGGGGCCCGGGAGGGGCGCCGUAGCCCCUGGUCGCCCAGCCUGGAGCGCGGCCUCGGCGCUGGGGGCCUUGGGACUCUGUCCAGGACCCUUGCGGUCCUCGCCUGUCUCUCGGGAAGGUAGCCCCAAGCGACGUGUCCUUCCGGGAGCUCUUGUUAAAACGCCAGGGGUGCCCCGCGUUCUUGUUCGCGGCAACUUACUUGCUAAUGAGACGCGUGUCGCAGGCAGGAAGACCGUAGGCUUCAGCCAGAGUAAAAUAGUUGUGAAUUCUUGCUGCAGUAUUUACGGAUGAAGGGAGAGGACGCCUGGGAUGUGUUUCCAAAUAAACCAGUUGGAAGAGGAAUGUGGGUGGGAGAAGAGGAAACAAGAUUGGCCACGGGUUCACAUCGGUGGCCACACUCAUGGCAGGUCCCCUGUGGCGGGCCGCAGCAUUCGUACAGAGACACAGAGCAGGCCUGUUGGUGGGUUCCUGUGCCGGCCUGUUCGGGGCCCAGAUCUCAUACCACCUCUUCCCAGAUCCUGUGAUCCGGUGGCUGUACCAGUACUGGCCUCAGGGCCAGCCAGCUCCGCUCUCCCCAGAGCUGCAGAGCCUCUUCCAAGAGGUACUCCAGGACGUGGGUGUCCCCUCGGGCCAUAGCUAUGAGGCUUUCACCUCAUUCACCUUCCAGCCUGUGAGUGCUGGCUUCCCGCGACUCCCUGCUGGGGCGACAGUGGGCAUCCCAGCCACCUUCCUGGGUGGCACGUUGAUCGACAAUGAUCACCCAGUAGUUGUACACGGGCAAAGAGUCAAUUGGCAGAGCCCAGCAGGCACCCGGCUGAGAGAUGCCCUGACCCUGUCCCGCGACGCCCAGAAGUUUGCCUUGGCCAAGGAAGUGGUAUACCUGGAGAGCAGUACAGCCGCCCUACAGGCCCUGUUGGCCCCAGCUUGCCUGGCAGGAACCUGGGCGCUGGGCGUGGGUGCCAAGCAUGCACUGGGGCUCUAUGGAGGCCCCAUGAAUUUACGGGCUGCCUUCAACCUGGCAGCAGCAGUGGCGGGCUUUGUGGCCUAUGCCUUCUCCACGGACUCUCUCACUCAUGCGCUGGAAGCCUGGCUCGACCGCCGCACAGCUGCGCUGUCUGCAGCCUAUGCCCAGGGUGGAGUGGAGUUCUAUGAGAAGAUUUUGUCGGGCAACAUAGCCCUGCGCAGUCUCUUGGGCAAGCAUGGAGAGCAGCUGUAUACGCCCAGUGGGAACAUCGUUCCCAGACACUGGUUUCGCAUCAAACAUUUACCCUACACAACCCGCCGGGAUUCUGUGCUGCAGAUGUGGAGGGCAACACUCAACCCAGGCCACUCCUGAGGGACUCAUCACAAGGACAGAUGCAGCUCAUGCAAGCACCACCCUGAUGUUGACUGUAGGGGCUCUCGGUGCCUCUGGACCCAUGGCCACAUGUCAGUGAAUCAUAGACUUUGGAAUUAAACAGCCUAGAUUUUACCCCAGCCCAUCGUCCCAGUGACCUUGAGCAAGUCCCUUUUGAAGCUGAGCCUUGGUUUCCUCAGGUGAAAAAUGGGGAUGCUUAAAUUACCUGGCAGGAUUUGGGGGUUGCGUGAGCUAUGAACAAAAGGGCCUGGCCAAGAGGACGUGCUGUUAAAUAAAUGGGAUAUUCCUCCAUGGUCUUUGAAUACCAGCAGGCUGGGGGAAUCAGGCCACAUCUCACCACUGGAGGUGCUUACAGGAUGUGGACACUUUUCCUACACUGAAGAACCACUGUAGUUCACCUGGUGGUCUAAUCUCAACUUGCACUGGCAGGAAAAGCUUUAAGGGCCCAGGCAAGGAAGUUGCACAGAAAUGUGAAGAAAUGGGCCCCAAACCAUGAAGCUCUGAAAGUGACAGAACAAGGAUUUGAAGCCAGCACCCUGGUUCCUGAUCCCCUUACAAAGCCUUGAUUUACAUUGUCCUGUUUAUCCUAAGGGUUGUUUUUUUUUUUUUUUUUUAAGAUUUUAUGUAUUUAUUCAUGAAAGAUAGGCAGAGGGAGAAGCAGGCUCCAUGCAGGCUCCAUGCAGGGAGCCCGAUGUAGGACUUCAUCCCAGACCCCGGGAUCAGUGCCUGAGCCAAAAGCAGACGCUCAACCACUGAGCCACCCAGGUGUCCCUAUCCUGAGGGUUUUUAUCAUGGAAAUUUGUACUGUGGCCUCUACAGCCUUUCUCCCCUGCUGGUUAAAGGUGACUUUCCUGUCUCAUCUCUCAUCAGGAAAAAUGGUCACCAAGCAGACCUUUCUAGAACUUCCAGAGGAGACCCUUUCAGCUAACUGAAAAGGAAAGAGACACCCAAUGUAUCAGAUUUGGUGGGAAUGGGGUGGAAGGGUCAAGUGUUACAGAGCCCUCGGAGGGCCCAGCUGGGGACAGCUUACCUUAGGAAGCAGAGAGAACAGACUGGGCAGCCAGCUGUGAGUUCAAAUGCUGUCCUACCACUUUAGCAGAGGGGCCUUGACCAAGUGAUUUCACAUCUCUGUCCUCAAGUUCUCUAUUUUUUUUUUUUAAGAUUUUAUUUAUUUAUUCAUGAGACACAGGCAGAGGGAGAAGCAGGCUCCACUCAGGGAGCCCGACGUGGGAUUUGAUCCCAGGCUCCAGGAUCAUGCCCUGGACUGAAGGCGGCACUAAACCCCUGAGCCCCCGGGGCUGCCCCCAAGUUCUCUAUUAAAUGGAGAUAUUAACAUGUAGCUUACAGCAUUGCUUUGAUAAGGAAAGGAAAAUAAAGUCUGCAAAAUGUGAAGCCCAACAAGAGUAUAUAGUAAGUUUUAUUUUAUUUUUGGUGAUAAUGAUCUUUAUUAUUUACUGCAUUUGACAGAAAUUAACCUUUUAAAAAUUUACCUGUGACACUUUUACUCAAUUUUAAUUAUGGGGGCGCCAGGGUGGCUCAGUUGGUUGAGUGCCUGCCUUCUGCUCAGGUCAUGAUCCCAGGAUCUUGGGUUCAAGCCCCGCAUCAGGCUCCCUGCUCAGAGGGGAGCCUGCUUCUCCCUCUCCCUCUGUCUGCCACUCCUCUUGCCCAUGCUCUUUCUGUCAAAUAAAUAAAUAAAAUCUUUUAAAAAAAAUUUUUUAAUUAUGACAUGUACAAUGUACUGUAACUUAACCUCCAUAUUUUGUCAAAAUACUGUCCUCAUUCUUUGAUCACAUCCCAUGCUGCACACACACUCCCAUACACCCACAGCUAGAGCAGAUACUCCAUCAGAGGGACAUGGAAUAAGAGGUCUGCUCAAAAUCUCAGGAAAGGUGAAUGCACUAACUUUUUUUAAAAGCCUCACUACAAAAUCAAAAAAGAUUGAUCCAAAGAGUUGAGCCAUUCUACUCAUUACAUUCUGACCUACAGUACAGUCCUUAGGGAAAUGGACACAGGCCGAUAAAUUACAGGUGCAUCAGAGGGCAGCAUUUCAUGAAGGAGGCUGUGCUGCUUACCUAUCAGAAACUAGCUAGGAAGGGUCUCCAUUUCCAG